GAUCAAAGAAGUUUGAUUUAUCCUUUUCUAAUACUGUCAUAUGGUCCAGCCUUUACAAACUAUUGCCAUCAUUGGAGGCGGUAUUGGUGGUCUGAACCUGGCUCAAGCCAUCAAAGUGUACAAGUCCUCGCUGCAAGUCACCGUCUAUGAAAGAAGCGAGUCACCAAGUUCUCGACCCCAGGGCUUUCAUAUUGGCAUCAACACAUGGGGACUUGAAUCUCUCAAGGAAGCCAAGAUUGGUGGCAUUGACGAGAUCUUUGCCCGCAACACCGUCACUGGAUUCACAGUCCUAGAUGAACAUCUGUCAGAGAUGCUCCGAAUCGGUGGGCCGGUGAAGCCGGGUGAGAAACCAAGCAAACUCGCCACCGGUAUUAUUGAUCGUACGGAUUUGAGGAAUGGACUGGUGGAGGGCGUGAAUAUUGUCUAUCACAAAAAAUUCAUAAAAUACGAAGAGACCGAUGACAAGAUCAAAAUAUUCUUUGAAGACGGAUCAACUGUGGACGCUGAUUUCAUGGUCGGUGCCGAUGGAUGUUGGUCCAAAGUGCGCGCCCAGUUCACUCCUUCCAUCAAAUACGAACCCACCGGGAUCAUUUCGUUUGGAGCACUUAUGAAGGGCUUCUCGCCCGAGGAAAUGCCCACGCUGAACAAGUUCCUCAAGUAUUCCAUGAUCCGCACCUCGUCUCCAUCAGGUUACAGUGUUCUGAUCGGCCUCUGUCAUCCUCCCAGCGGAAAGCCAGAUUUGUUCUUUGGGAUCUCUUUCCCAGAAAACAUCAUUACAGAACCUCUUCCCGAGGGAAAGGCAGAAAGUCUUCAAUUCGUAAAGGAGAUCGUGAGAAAAGACUUUCAUCCAGAAGUGCUUUUAAUUGCCGAACGAGUCGAAGAGAGUAAUGUCAUAUUUGAUGGCUUUUACAAGACUCGCACCACCAAUUAUCAAGCCGAGAACCCGCUGUCUAAGGUUGCCCACAAGCGAUUGACGCUAUUAGGUGAUGCAGCACAUGCUAUGACUACCAACAAGGGCAUGGGCGCAAACACAUCAUUGAAAGAUUCUAUCGAUCUCGCAAAGGCUUUAACCACAGAUGAUGCGGAUUGGCCAGCGGCGAUAGCGAAAUACGAAGACAUAAUGUGGAAACGAGGAUCGAAAGAAGUCAAGGAAUCACUCAUCAUGUCGUGGCGUAAUCAUCAGAUCGGAUGGAAGUUUACCUUUGGAAAAUAUAUGAUGAAAGGAGUCAAUGGCAUCCUGUGGUUGACUGGCAUGAACUCCAAAUGAAAUCUUUUAUUUAAACCCCC